AGCGCCGGCGAGCCUAGUCCGUCGCCGGGACGUUCGCGUUCCCCCCUACAUGAACAUAUGUAGGUAACGUUAUCGGACAAAACAUUUAUCGGGGCACGAUUCCUGAUAUCGACUAGUUUCUGGACUCAAAAUACUGGUGUUAUACGGCCUCUGUGAUUAUAAUCACCGUGUGUUCCACCCUCGACUGCUCUCAUGCCUUGUUGGUGUCGGGGGCGCAGCGCGGGCGCGAGCGGCAUGCGGCCCAUGCAGACGCCCAUGGAGGUCGGCUAGCGGCGCGCGCGCAGCCCCCGCGCCCGCUCUCCUCGCCCCGCACCAACGACGCCAUGGAACUCGCGGACGUGCCGAGGCACAGACCCCUCGCCUUCGAUAAGAUGGAAUGUUUGGUUAAGGAAAUGCAAGAUCCAGUUACAGGUGUACCAAUACGUAGUCAAAAACUAUUUCUCACCUUUAUUCCAUCUGCUUUUAUGGGAUGUGAUCUUGUCGAAUGGCUAAUGGAAAGGUUUCACUAUGAAGAUGGCACAAAUGUCGAAGCUGUAAAUUUAGGCAAUCUUCUAUGUCAAUACGGUUACUUCUUUCCUGUCAACGAUCUGAAAAAUCUAGUUUUUAAAGAUGAUUCUUCUCUAUAUCGAUUUCAAAGCCCUUACUACUGGCCUUGGCAAGCGCCAAGAGUGGCUGGGAGCGGGUCGAGUGCGCCCACACUCGGCCCGGACAACAUCGAGUACGCUAUAUACUUAGUGAAGCGCACCCUCCGCAACAAACAGCGGCACGGCCUAGAGGACUACGAGCAGGAAGCACUCGCUAACCUCAAGAAGAACCUCGCAGCUAAGUGGGACUUUAUCACCAUGCAGGCUGAAGAACAGGUUCGGGUCCGUCUAGCCAAAGAGCGGAAAAAGGGUGACAAAAUAAUUAGCGAUAGCCAAGAGCGUGCCUACUGGCGCGUUGCAAGGCCGCCCCCCGGCGUGCCGAGCGCAUUGGAACCUUGCCCAGUGCCAGUGCGCUCACGGCAACCUAAGGCUAAGAAACGGACAAUACCACAAUUACAACGAGAAAUUGAACACCUCAAAGCAAGCCUGGAUCGCACAAGAGUGAAAACUUCGGUAGCUUUGGAAGCGCUCAUGGCGUAUUCAGAAACUUAUGCACCUUACGAUCCUUGGCUUACGCAACCACAACCUUCCAAUCCUUGGAUAAGCGACGACACUCUCUUUUGGCAGAUAAAUAGUCCAAUAGUGGAAAUACCUAGUGAGAAACGGGUGCAGCGAUGGGCACUGUCGAUAGAAGAACUUGUAUCAGAUCCUACAGGUCUGCAAGAAUUCACAAGUUUUCUUAGAAAGGAGUACUCCCAUGAAAAUAUACGAUUUUGGCUUGCUGUUAUGGAUUUACGAAGGAGCAGUACUAAGCAAAUACCUAAGAAACUUGAUGAAAUCUUCGAAGAAUUCCUUACGCCCGGAGCGCCGUGCGAGAUUAAUAUCGACGGUGCGACCGCUGAACGCGUGGCAGAAGCACGUCGAAGCGGAUCCCGGUAUGCGCUUGACCACGCCGCAGACCACGUGUAUGGACUUCUGCUGAAAAAGGACUGCUAUCCCCGCUUUAUACGCUCGGAUCACUUUCAACGUCUCCUUACCGAGGGGAGAAAUGUUUAUCAGAAGAAGGCUAAAUUCUUCAAUUUUGGUGGACAAGUGAAGAAGAAGCCUAGCUCCACCAGUGGUAGUGGUGGAAGUGGGAGCGGUACAGGUCUAUCCAGAAGACGUGGAUCUGACCGCUCGCUGUCAGGUUCAGCGCAUGAGUUGGCAGUGUGCGCUGUGCAGCCACCGCGGCCGCCUGAACCACCGCCACAUAGCCACUCUCAGUCUAACCUUUGUGAUAUUCCCUUCAGAGACCCUUUGGAUGAUGACACAUCUGAAGUGUUACCCUGGGAAACUUCAACACGGGAAGGACCUUACGGUGGAGUUAGACGGCGACAAGAUUCAACGGCUGAUUCAGGCAGUUCAUCGUCAGAUGUUAGUGCAGCUGUAGGAAGUGGAGAAAGAAUGAGACGGCUUCCUCAGCAAAGUACAUUAGAUGGUGGACUCCGAGGGGCACCGCCACCGUUACGAAGACUUUCUGCUGUAGAACCAAGGCAUUUGGCACCGCUUGCGUCACCUCCACAUUCUCCUCGACAAAAGCGUAUAACUGCUAUACAGCCAUCAGUUUCUCAUACACAAACUUCAGCGCACCAUCCUACCCCAACUAUCAGUGUAAGUUCUGCUCCUGAUGAAGAAUCAGGUGACUCUCCUCCGAGAACAAUCUCUCCUGAUGAGCGCCGCUCUCUUAUACACUCUGAAGAACCAUCAUCAGUGUUUGCUUCAACAGAUGUAACUCCAACUGAACCUGGCCAUGUAUUUGUAGAACGCGCUAUCGUUGAAGUCGGUGGAGAUUCUAUUGAAGUAAGAACUGAGAAUGUAAAAGACGUAAUUCCAGAUAAUCUUGAAAAUGAUGAUACUGCAGAUGUCACUUGUCAAGAAUUAUCGAAAACGAUUACAGAUACAAAUGCUAAUUCAAAAUCUUUUAGUGAUAACGUUACCUCAACCCCCCCAUUCUCUCGAGAGACAUCUUUGGUGAAAGAAACGAAUCCGGCCUCGCAAUUAGAAAAUGUAAAAAGAACAUCUUCUGAAUUAUCAGAUAUUCCAGGAGAUACAAUAAGGAGUACUGUCAACAGACACGAUGCUACUCCAGCUCAAAACGUUAUAACGCGUGUUAUUGUAAGUCAGAAGAGUACGGAAGUUAUGUCGCCACCUCUUAGCAUAAUUUCAGAUAAAGAAAGUGUGCGAUCGACCUCGGAAGUGCUUCGAUUUCCAAUAGCACCUCUAGCUACUUGUGAAGACAUAGGAGUGGAAGAUGAUAGUGUAGAUAAAGUGCCUUUGGUACAGAGAGUCGCUGGGGAUUCCAAUACGGUGUCUGAAAAUGUGAAAACAGUUGCUCAUGUGGACGAACUAUCUUCCGUGUCUGAAACUGAUAAUAUUGUUAAGCGUGAUAGCAAAAGCACAAUCAGUGAACGUAAACAGAGGAAUGACAUUUGUCCUUGGGAAGACGAGAAUUCCUGUGAGAGUGACGCUCCAUUUGUUAAAACUUAUGCAACUCUUGGUUAUUUAUAAUUUAUGUAGGUGAAAUGAAUAACAAUAAUUUAUGAUGUCAGGGUUAUAGUAAACAUAAAAUUUAAUUUCUAGAACCGAUUUCUAUUUUCGCCGUGUAGGAUUAUUAAUGAAUAUCUGAAACAAAAAUCGUUUCUCAUAAAUCGUAUGUUAUGAAUCUUUUAAAUUGUGUGCUUAGAAUCCUUUCUACUAUAAUUUCUUAGAAGACAAACCUUUGAAUGUGUAUAUGACUUAAAAUGAGCAUCAUUUUUUACAUUUCCUCAUUUACGUUCAGCAUUAAAAUAUUUAUAAAUAUUAUUAUAUUAGAUGAAUUGCCUACUUUUAAACGUAGAACCUAUUUUUAUAAUUUGCUGUAACUAUCUAUAAAUAAAUUGUAAAUAUUGUUUGUUAGCUUUCAUUGAUUUGAACUAAAAUAUCAUACUAUACACUUACACGACGCACGUGUGUGUACUCGUAGUCCUAAAAGAGAGGUAACUGUGUGAAUAAAACCUUUCUUAAUUGUAACAAUUUUAAAUAAACGAGUCUCAAUGUAUCGUGCAUAGUCCAAAGAAAGUGUUCGAAUUUUGAAAU